CCUUGCACGUUCCUUCCUUUGCCCCAGCCAUCUCCUUGACACACCGGGAUGGCCAGAGGUGACACACAGAUGCCACAUGCCCUUGGCCACACCUGUCCUGGCAGGUCAGGGUGCUGCUCUGUGUCAGGAGAUGGGGUUGCCCACCCUGCCACUGGAAGAGGAGCUGCGAUGAGCCCAUGUCCCCUCGCUGGUGACACUGGCCAGGGUGGAUCUUGGAGGAGGAUGGAUGGAUGGAGGUUAGCCCAUCUUCCCCAAAGGCCAGCACGUCCCCACCUGCCCCCCCAGGUAGGCACCCGAUGCCCCCCCAGCCAGGGCGAGCAGCAGUUUGUGGCCAGCGCCUGGGUGGUUGCAACACCCCCAGGGUGGGGGGGCCACGGUGACUCACCCCAUCCUGGCCACCAGUAGGAACCCUGACUCAGGGCUGCGUGCCCAUGCCGUGCCAUGCCCCUCCCUGCCCGCCUCGCCCACCUUAUCUCCCGCCCUUAGCACCUGGCACACCUGGGCCAGGGGGGACUGGCGCCAUUCCCCUCCUUUAUGGGGAACAAAGGGCAGGGGAAGGGUUGGCAGCAGGUGCCACAGCCCUCCUCCUUCCCUGCUGUCCUCCCUCCCUCUCAGGAAUGCUGCCCAGGGCUGUGCCCUGCUUUGUGCCCCUCACUGUGGCAGUGUGGUGGGCAGCGCUGCCCACAACCCUGUGCAGGCUGUGUGCUGCCUGCACUCCGGGCACUGGGUGACCCGUGCUACCACAGCUGCCUCCAGCGUGAUGGGAGAGGUGGGAUACCACGGAGGGCACGCUGGCAGUGCCCCUCUGCCCGUCCCCACCGCCUGGCACAGGGGCUCUCUUGCACAACCCAGCUCCUUCCGUCAGCACUGCUGGGGCUGGCCCUUUGCUGCCUGGCUGCUGUGGGGCUCUUCCCCUUUCUGCCUGGCCUGCUGCAGGCACCCCCAGCACCCGAGGCUGCCGGGCCGUGCCAGGGUGCCGCAGUGCAGGUGCCCCUGACCGGUCUGGCGUGGGUUGCCUGGGCGGGUGCUGGUGCUGGUGGUGGGGUGUGGGGCGCGCUCUCCGGGCUGCUAAUUGCUGUUUAGCUGGGGACACAGAAGGUGUUAAUUACGGGGGGGGGAUUGCGUGAAUGUGCAGCCCGGCCGGGGAGCCCACGGGUGCCCCUGCCCAGGGAGUGGAGGGGGUCACAGCACAGCCCAGCUGCGCCAUCACCGCUUCCCGCAUUCCCCGUGGGAUCGCAGGAACCUGCUCCAAGGGGAGAGCAGGACAGGAAUCCACGGGACAGGGGGGUGGCCGGGCAGGCUGCAGCAUGCUGCACCAAGCCCUGCCCUGCUCCCCGCCGAGCACAGGCGCCCUCGCAGCCCGGCUGGGCUGGCCAUGGCCAGUGGCGAGCACGCAGCGCCCUGCCUUGGGGCACAGGGCAAGGUGAGAGCCCGUGUGAUGCUGCGGCACGGGGGGGCAGGGGCAGACGGCUUGGGGGCCGCGGCAGUGUCGGGGAAGGCACACUUACGGCACGGUGUUCUGGCGCUGCUGGGAAUUUUCUCCCGUGGGAGUGGGCCGGGGGGAUGCCCCGUGCCCGGUUCCGGGCCGGCGCCCCACGGCGCAGUACCGGCCGCAAAGGGUUAAUGCCGUGUGUGUUCUGGGAAGCGGGGCUGGGAGGUGCGUGACCCGGGGUGUGGGCGUCGACUCCUUUUGAGGUGGGAUCCUGAGCUCAAGUGCAGCGGGGAGCGGGGCCAAGUUCACACAGCACCCUGCCUUCCCCUGCCUGCCACCGCGGGCCGCCGCAGCGCCGAGCCACGCCGGGACACCGGGCAGGUGAGGACCAUGGCCAGCCCAGAGGACGACCUCAUCGGCAUCCCCUUCCCCGAGCACAGCAGCGAGCUGCUGAGCUGCCUCAACGAGCAACGGCAGCUGGGGCUGCUCUGCGAUGUCACCAUCAAGACGCAGGGGCUGGAGUACCGCACCCACCGCGCCGUCCUGGCCGCCUCCAGCCGCUAUUUCAAGAAGCUCUUCGCAGGGCCGGGGCCGGGCCAGGAGGUCUGUGAGCUGGACUUUGUGGGGCCGGAGGCACUGGGCGCGCUGCUGGAGUUUGCCUACACAGCCACGCUGACCAUCAGCAGCGCCAACAUGGGCGAGGUGCUCCGCGCCGCCCGGCUGCUGGAGAUCCCCUGUGUCAUCGCUGCCUGCGUGGAGAUCCUGCAGGGCAGCGGGCUGGAGGCACCCGGCCCCGAUGACGGCGACUGCGAACGCGCCCGCCGCUACCUGGAGGCUUUCUCCACCCUGCCCGAGGGUGAGGUGCCUGCCCCGCCGCCCCCCCGGCCCACGCCCCGCCGCAGCAAGAAGACCCGCAAGUUCCUGCAAGCCCGCGGUGCCCAGCUCAACAACCACGCCGAGGAGCCACCCGCUGAGGCUGAGGGCUCCGGCAGCCCCCCGCCGCCCUCCCAGCUGCCCUCGCCCCCUCUGCCCGAGGGGCUCUCCCUGCCCUACGACAGCUUUGAGCUGCCUGAGGAGGAGGAGCUGCCCCCGCACCCCUUCCCCUUCCCCUACCAGCCCCCCUUGUCCCCUGAGGAGGCAGCUUCUGACGAUGACGCCAUCGACCCCGACCUGAUGGCGUAUCUGAGCUCGCUGCACCACGAGUCGCUGGCGCCCGGGCUGGACAGCCCCGACAAGCUGGUGCGCAAGCGGCGCUCGCAGAUGCCCCAGGAGUGCCCCGUCUGCCACAAGGUCAUCCAUGGCGCCGGCAAGCUGCCCCGCCACAUGCGCACGCACACCGGCGAGAAGCCCUUUGCCUGCCAGGUCUGCGGAGUCCGGUUCACGCGGAACGACAAGCUGAAGAUCCACAUGCGCAAGCACACCGGCGAGCGGCCCUACUCCUGCCAGCACUGCAGCGCCCGCUUCCUGCACAGCUACGACCUGAAGAACCACAUGCACCUGCACACAGGCGCCCGGCCCUACGAGUGCUACCUCUGCCACAAGGCCUUCGCCAAGGACGACCACCUCCAGCGGCACCUGAAGGGCCAGAACUGCCUGGAGGUGCGGACCCGCCGCCGCCGCCGCGACGAGCCGCCGCCGCCGCCCGCGGGGCCCCCGGGCCUCGACCUCUCCAACGGGCGGCUGGAGGGGCUGCGCCUCUCCAUUGCCCGCUACUGGGCUCCAGGGCAGCCCGAGGAGGAGGAAGAGGAGCCCGAGGGGGAGGAAGGGCCGCAGCCAGACGGCGCCGUGCCGGUGGAGAUGGCGUAAGGCCGACGCAGCGGCAGGUGUCGUGCCCGUUCCAUGCCGAGCUGUGCCGUGCCCACUGGGGUUUCUGUUCCUGUUUUUCCCGUCACGGUUCAUUCCUAGUUAUGCAAAGGGGGAAACUCCCCUCGGCCGAUUUGCACAAGGGGGUGGGGGGCCCCUACCACCCCCCCCCACACCGUGCCCGGGCCCACCUGGCCAUGCCCAGGCGGGUGGUGGGGGGGAUUGGGACUUGGAUGUCCCCCCACCAAACCCCUCGUGGAUGCCAGGACCGGGCAGGGGCACCCACGGACCAAGGCCCCCCCUCCCAAGGUGGGGAGAGCCCCCCCAUCCUCUCCAGUGGGGUACGGGGGGCACUGCCCUACGCUGUGCAUAGCUUGUCCCCACCUCCCCACUCCAAGCAGCCCCCCCCCGGCGAGCUCCCCUCGCCCCUGCACUCCCGGCUGCUUUCUCUUGGUUGCACUAUUCGGGUGAGCCCACCCGGGUGCGGGGCAGCCCCGGCCCCCCCCGGGACCCUUUCCCCUUUCCGAAAUCCCCCGGCCCCGUGGGACCCCCCCCCUCCCCUUUCCCUGGGGUGGCCGGGCCCCCACGGUCACCCCUCUGUCCUUUGCACAUGCCCCCCGCAGGGCGCAGCCUCCCCGGGGGUGGAGGGGACCGGCACUAUUUGUCUACAAAUAAGAGUUUUAUCUAUAUUUAAAAAGAUGAUGUAAUAUAUUCCCCCCACACACAGCCCCUCUGCUGCCAACCACCAGCGCUGCCCGGCCUCUCUCUGCCAUGGGGUGCCGGGAGGGGUGAUGGGGCCGGGGGGGCUCUGCUCCCGUCAUGGCUUUAAAGUGCCUUAUGGUGAACUUGAACCUUUUCGGCUACUUGAACCUCUCUGGUGUCAGGAACCAAACAAACCACGGGCGGGCGGCCCCCGCCCCGCCGGGCCGCCUCUGCCUCUCUGUAUGUCUGUGUUGUUUUGUUUUUUUUUUUUUUUUUGUUUUGGUUUUUUUUUUUUUUUUUUUGUUUUUUUGU